CUUUUUAAGUUAAACCUAUAUUGCUCUCACCGUCUCCUCUCUCUCUCUCCCGCACACACAUUCUCUGUAUCGGAAGGGUUUUCUUUGUGUCUGUAUCUGUAUUUGUCUCUCUGAAGCUUUAGCCGAUCAUCCAUGGCCAACUCCUCCGCCAGCUCCGCCGCAAGCCGCCACCAUCACCACCACCAUAACCUCUCCAUCAAUCCAUCGAGCCAAAUCUUCAAAGAUGUUCAGGGUUCUGACAAUCCGGUUCCACUUUCACCUCAGUGGCUUCUGCCAAAAACAGGGGAGAGCAAGACAGGAAUGGGAACUGGAGUAUGUUCGCCAAAUUGGCACUUGAGCAACAGAGAUGGGGAGGAAACACUGGAAACUCUGAAGACAAAAGAUGGGUUUCGGCCAUCCAUGCUUGAGAUGGAAAGCGGUCGUCAUGACCGAUGGCGUGAUGAAGAAAGGGAUGCCCUGCCGUCUGUUCGAAAAGAUCGCUGGCGGAAUGGAGACAGAGAGUUUGGUGAUAAUAGGAAGGACCGAUGGGAUAACGUGGGUACUAAAUCCUUUGGGGAUUCACGCCGUGGUCCAUCUGACCGGUGGACUGAUUCAGGAAACAGGGAUGCUGGGACUGAUCAACGGCGUGAGAGCAAAUGGAAUUUGCGGUGGGGACCUGAUGAUAAGGAGACUGAAAUUGCACGCAACAGGUGGGAUGAAUCUGGUAAAGAUGGUGAAAGUUUGCGUGAGAAGGGUAUUUCUCUUCCUUCUGGGCAUGGGAAGGAAAGGGAGGGAGAUCGUUAUCGGCCAUGGAGACCAUCUCAAAGUCGAGGAAGAGGAGAACCUCUUCAAAACCAAUCAACUCCGAACAAGCAAGUUCCAGCCUUCUCUCAUAACAGGGGUCGUGGGGAGAAUGCUCCCACCUUUUCAGCUGGUCGUGGAAGGUUGAACACUGUUGGAAGCUUUUUCAGCAGUGCAUCAACCCAGUCUCAUCCUCCCGGGGUUCCCUCUGACAAGCGGGAAAGUGGUUAUGCAGAGCCUUCUCACCUGAGGUAUAGCAGAAUGAAACUGCUGGAUGUGUACAGGAUGGAAGAUAUAGAAUCUUAUGAAAAGUUUCCAGAUGAUUUCAUCGUAGUGCCUUCCCUUACAUGUGAGAAGCCCUCAGAACCUCUUGCUCUCUGUGCUCCUGAUUCAGAAGAAGUGAUCAUCCUGAAGGCGAUUGAGAAAGGUGAGGUCGUGAGCAGUGGUGCUCCCCAAAUAUCCAAUGAUGGGCCUACUGGGCGAAAUCCAGUUGAUUACUCACAAUCGAGACGAAUAAGGCCUGUUGGCAGCAGAGAAGAUAUGUCAUAUGCUGCUGAGGAAUCUAAAGAUGGAAGUGCUGAUACCUCAAAGACAUAUCCUGAUAAAUUUAGGCCUGAAGGUUUUCAAGAAGGUAAUCUUACUAUGAGGAAAGCUGAAGAGGGAUCUGUCAUGCAGGAAAAUAAUAAUAUUCAAUCUAUCUCUCCACGGCCACCACUUUCAGUGGGUGAAAGGUCGAGUAGAAUCUCACAUGAUUGGAAUGACCCUUCAGCUGAUGUUAGAAUGAAAAAUUCUGACACUGCCUGGGCACCGCCUAAAGGUUUGCUUAACAAUGUAAUGAACUUGCCACAUUCUAAAGGUGAAUCGAGAUGGCCAAUCAGUGAAGAACCAAUUCUUAGGAAGCAUCCAUCUUCAGUGCUUGACAGGGAGCAUGAAGCUAGGAAGCUUCUGCCGUCUUCGGUUGAGGCACUAUCACUUUAUUACAAAGAUCCUCAGGGUCACAUUCAAGGCCCUUUCUCGGGUUCUGAUAUUAUUGGAUGGUUUGAGGCUGGAUAUUUCGGCAUAGAUCUGCCUGUUCGUCUUGCAAGUGCACCAUUAGAUUCUCCAUUUUCAUUGCUUGGUGAUGUGAUGCCACAUUUGCGGGCUAAGUCUGGGCCGCCACCUGGUUUUGCUGAUGCCAAACAGAGUGAAUUAGUCAAUGCAGCUGGUAGGCCAACCUUUCCUGGUUUAGGGAAUGUACAUCCUGGGGUUCGUGAGGCUGACAUGAUGCGAAAUGACCCACUGUAUAAGCAUGUUUCAGCAACAGAAGCUGAGAAUAGGUUUGUCGAGUCUCUGAUGUCUGGGGUUCUGAACAGUUCAGCUCAAGGAGUUCAAGGGUAUGCAGGAAAUAAUUCUGUUGGUUUUUCUUUACCGGUUGCUGAUGCUGGGAAUGACGCAUAUCUCUUGGCCAAGAAAUUGGCACUUGAGCAACAGAGGUCUCUACCUGGUCCAUAUUCGUUUUGGUCUGGAAGGGAUGCUGCAAAUGUCAUGCCAGGUUCAGAGAGUAUCUCAGAACCUGCUCGUCAACCUGCACACUCUCCAAGUUCUAAUUUACCUUCUAUGCUCCAAGGUGUUGAUAGGCUGACUCCUGCCGUUAAUAAUCCUCUUUCUGCGUGGUCACAUUUGCCUGCCCAAAGUGGAAUGGGAUCUCAUCAAAACAAAGUUGAUUUGCCCCUUGCUCAAAGCUUCCAAACCCAAGCACCCUUAGGGAUCCAACCGCAGAGGCCGCAAGCACAGAAUUCACCUUUGGCAGGUUUACUUGGUCAGCCUAUUGAAAAUAAUUGUGCUGGCAUUUUGCCCCUUGAAAUGAUGCUUGCCUCUGGACUACCUCAAGAUCCACAGACGCUCAAUCUGGUGCAGCAGCAGCUCUUACUACAGUUAAACUCACAGACGCUGGUUUCUUCCCAGCAGCAACAGCAGCAGCAGCUUCUUUUGCUUGAGAAGAUCCUUUUGCUGAAACAUCAAAAGCAACAAGAAGAGCAACAGCAGAUGUUGCGGCAGCAACAACAGCUGCUUUCUCAGGUUCUUUCUGAGCAGCAGCGUUUGGGAGAGUCAUCUUAUGGACAGUUGCAGCCAUCUUUCGAUGCUCUUCGGUUUCAACAAUCUAGAGAUAUGCCUCAGAUCUGUCAGCAGAUGCCUCUUCCCUCAAUAACAACCCAAGACUCGAGUCAGAAUGUUGCUACUCCUGAGCUCUCCCCUAUGCACCUGCAACAUCAGAUGUUUGGUCUCGAUAAUUCUAGGAUUAACCAGGGAACAACUAUUCCUGAUCAAAUCGAUGAUAUCCAUGAAAAGGAUCUGCAGUCAGCAUCUGGGGCUUAUGAAAAAACGGUUUCUGACAGCUUGUAUUUGGAGACACCUGCUUUUGCUUCUGGUUUUGAGGCAGAUCCAAAUGUGGAGGAGAAAUCUGAUGAGAGCUAUCAAAUAGCUCUAAACACUGGAAGUUUCGGGAAUCAGGGAGAGUCUGCCUCUGUAUUAGCUCCUGAGAUCUGUGAAACUGAGGUGCCUAAAGAACAUGCCAAGGGCGUGAAUGUUGAUGCGGAUGUUCAACAGGAAGUUGCCGGCAACGAAGUCUUCGAAGCAAGGAAAAUUUCUGAGAAGAAAUCCAAGAAACAGCGAGCUAGCAAGCAAUCUUCUAAACAAGGGAAAGGAACAUCUAAGGCUUCUCUGCAGGAGACAAAGCAAUUGGUAGUAGAGAGUGCUGAUGCUUCUGAAACAAAGAGUAAAGAUCAAAAGUCGGCUGAUUCUUCUGUGGACAAGAUCGAUUCUCAACCUAUUCAGAGCAACACAGUUCCAAGCACCUCCCUAGUGAGUUGUUCUGAAACAGAUUCACAGGAGGGAGAAUCCUGUGCGAAUGAGUCUUCAAUACAAGACACCCAAGCACAACCUGGACGAGCUUGGAAGCCUGCCCCUGGGUUUAAGCCAAAGUCACUGUUGGAAAUUCAGAUGGAAGAACAGAGGAGAGCGCAAGCAGAAGCUUUAGUUCCAAAAGCUCCUGUUUCUGUCAGUUCAGUUGGUUUGGCAACUCCUUGGGCUGGAAUUGUAGCCAAUGCAGAUCCAAGAAUCCCAAAAGAGGCUCAUGUAGAAUCAGAUAUUCCUGAGGCUAGUGUUGUGAAAUCUGAAAAGAUUCCUGCUCAGGGCAAGAAGAGCCACUUGCACGACUUACUGGCUGAGGAAGGUUUGGAAAAAUCCAAAGAGAAGCAGAGGGAGGCAGUAGAGAUGAUCUCUAGCAACUCCUUUGUCCAAUCGACAGCCACCCACACAGAUUCUCUUGAGGAUGAUAACUUUAUCGAGGCCAAGGAAACAAAAAGGAGUCGCAAGAAAUCUGCAAAAGCUAAGAAUUCUUGCGCAAAAUCUGCUGCACCUGUUCCUACUGUCGAUCCAUCCAUUACCUCUAGUUCCAUUGACAAGGGAAAAAGCUCUCGGGUCAUGCAGCAGGAGAAGGAAGUGUUGCCUGCCGUUCCCUCAGGCCCUUCUUUGGGAGAUUUUGUUUUCUGGAAAGGCGAGGCUGAUGUCAAUAAUCCUCCGCCUGCUCCAGCAUGGUCCACCGAUUCUAAGAAAUUCGCUAAACCCGCCUCUCUAAGGGACAUACUGAAGGAGCAGGAAAAGACAUCUUCCUCUAAACCUCUGAUCCCGGUACCCAUUUCUCAAAAAUCUCCUCCAUUUCAGGCUGCUUCUCAAAGUAGCGGGCUUUCUUGGUCAACCUCUGCAUCUUCUCCCCCUUCUAAGGCUGUUUCUUCAGUCAAGACACAUUCCCAAGCUUCCCCACAAACCAAAUACAAUGGAGAUGACGAUCUGUUUUGGGGUCCAGUUGACCAAUCAACCCAAGUAUCGAAACAGGGAGACUUCCCUCAUCUUACAGGCCAAAAGAGUCGGGGAACCAAAACCACUCCCAGGAAAGCAAAUGCGGAUAGUUCCCUGAAUCGCCAGAAGUCUGCAGUAGGAGUUGGAUCUGCGGACCGGGUUUUGUCUUCACCCAUUGUUCCUCAGUCAUUGCCCAAAGGGAAAAAAGACGCUGUGAUAGCACAUACAGAGGCGAAUGAUUUCAGAGAUUGGUGCAGAAACGAAUGUAUCAGGCUUCUUGGUUCAGAAGAUACGAGUGUGUUGGAGUUUUGCCUGAAGCUUCCGAGAUCAGAAGCUGAAACCCUCCUGACUGAAAACCUCGGAUCCGUUGAUCGGGACCGCAAGUUCAUCGACAGAUUCCUCAACUACAAAGACUUUCUACCUGCUGAAGUGCUCGAUAUGGCAUUUCGUUCGGGUUCGGGAUCGGGAUUGGGGAGCAGCCAGGGAGAGAAUGAUAGCUUGGCAUCCGCGAGCGAGAACGAUGGGUUCUCGAAAGCAGGAGGGGGAAAGAAAAAGGGGAAGAAAGGGAAGAAGGUAAGCCCUUCUGUUCUGGGAUUCAACGUCGUUAGCAACCGGAUCAUGAUGGGAGAGAUUCAGACCAUUGAUGACUAGGUUUAGGACAUGCUUUUCUCUUUGUACAUCUCUCUUUUAGGACAGACCUUUUUUCUCUGUUUCUCGUUCUAACUUAACUGAUGGAUCCUGCUAAUGUGAUCUCUGUAGACGGCGAUUUUGUUUCUGACUGUGAAGAUGUCUUUCCAAGUUUUCUAUGUUAUAUUGAUUUAGAUAA